AUGGACUCCGAGAAUAUGUUCGACAUAUACAGUGCCCUCGAGGCUCUUGAAGCUCCCUCGAGCAAGAAGAAAACAAGCAAGAGGCAUCCUGGGGAAAGCAGCAACACGCCUCAGGCCAAGAAAGCCAAGACUGCAGGCCCUUCGGCCGACGAACCCUUAGCCAAUGUAACACCACCUCCUUCUCCGCAAGAGCAGCAAACUCCCCCUACUCCUGUUGGGUCGACACCAUCUCCACCAGCCCCAACCGACCAGACUCAGCAGGCCGGUCCUGCUUCCACAGGCAGCGACAUAUCGAGUCGUGCCUUAAGGUUGGUCCAAGACAAAGUGGCAAAGAUUUUGAAGCACGAACGAUGCCGAGAGGCAAUGGCUAGGAAGAAGACGAUGGACGUCGACCAGAUCUUAAACCACGCCUUGAACGAGUUUGCCAGUGCAAUGCUGACCCUUACUGCCGGCCGUCUCCGCUCAGGUGCUGUUACCGAGCAGGGCAAAUAUUUGGAGCAACGGCAUUCUGAUGAACUCAAGGCUACCGAUGCGAAAUACGCUGAACAGCUUGAGGCGGUGCUUGGGGAGAAGAACAAACUGGCUGAGGAGUUGAAGGAGAAGAAAAAUUCUCUGGAUAAGGCCAUCGAGCAAAGAGACUAA